GUGUGCCAUCUUCAUUUACUCCUCACAUAUAACACAUAUACUGAUAUUUACACAUCUUAACAAAUCUCACAAGUGUUCCCUUUACCAUGACACCAAAAGUAUUCAAAUAGACCUUGUGGUUGCAGAGGUAUAUUCUUUUCAUUAAGGGUAUGCAAUUUUCGAGCGGAGGCCUAUAAAAUAGGCUUAGCUUUGCAAAGGUUAACCUUACCCUAUGUAUCUGUGGGAGUUAGCACUGGGCCUCUGAAUAAAACACCUACAGUUUCACACUUGGGUCAGCCAAAUGCUAACUAGAAUGAUAUUGGAUUAAUCAAAAUUCUCAGAUUCCAGCGUCUUAAAUAUUAAUAUUUUCUGGGUACCAUACUUCUCUAUGACAGUAAACUGAAUAUCUUUGGGUUGUGGAUUUGAAGACAUCAUCUUGGGCUUUGGAAAACACUCAUCAACAGCUUUCACCAAUUUCUGACCUUUUAUAGACCAAAGAACUAAUCAAUCAAUCUAAUUAAUUGAGAAAAUAAUCAACUAUGAACAUAAUCAUUAGUUGCAGCCUAUCACACAGCUACAUGUGUAGGACAACAUGCACCCAAGCAUUUACUUUUGUUUUUUUACAACUCCAACCACCAUUAACUAAAAUUAAAAUGCUGCAAUGCUUUAGAGCCGCAUGCAUAUAUAUAUAAUAUGGUUUGUGAAUCUAUUUCACAAACAAAACCAACAGGAACAACAGGUCAUGAAUCACCUUUUAACAGAAAGCUGUGGUGAGAUGCCGAGGGUCUGAACAUACGGAUCUAAUUUGGUGGGCAACAUUCUGUGUUUCUGGAUUUUCAGCAUGACUCAGCAUUUACUCUGCAAGCCUGUACUUUGUGUACUAUAAUGCUAUAUACAGACCUCCAGAUAACAGAUAACUGACUUCAAUUAGUUUUUAGCAAGUUAAUAAAUCCAAUUUUUCAAUGCAACAUUUUAUUUUUACAAAAUAUUCAACUCUGAUUACACUGAGUUUGUUUGUCUGCCUUUUAAUGUUUGUUUUGAUGCUGGUGGUCUGAGGACACAGCAUAGAGGAGGCUUCAUAGUGAAGUCAAGAAGACAGAGACAAAACAUGCUCCAAGACACAUAUCAGAUAAAUACAACCCCAGGCUAUUUGUCUCACAGACAGGUUUAUAGUCUUUCAUUGACCAGCAGGCAGCCCAUAUGGAUGUAGUAGAGGUGGGGCCCUAGGGGUGGGGCCCAUCAGCAACACAUGCCAUGCCAUGAUGUAACAAGGACAAGGCAGUAUUUAAAGCGACGGCUCUUGUCUCCACACUGCUGCAUCCUGUCCAUUCACUGAUUCAUUUGGCAAUUGUCACUUGGAGAGGCAUUUUACCAGGCAUUUUUAUACUUCCACAAAUCAAAUCACGGAUUUGGAGUAUGAUUUUAAGGCUCAUCACUUCUGAAAAAUCUUCUAUGGAAAAACAAAGACACCAAUUUAUAGCUGGGAAAAAAUUCAGCCAGAGGGACACCUUUAGAGAAUCCUGAUCUCUAAAGUUUCUUUCCUAGACUGCUCCAUUAAAGAUUUUGGAGGAGCUUCUUUUCCUGUGCACAUUAAUAAGCCACUUCUCAAUCCUUAUACUGAUUGAAAAAAUUCUGGAAAAUGGUUGGAUUUGGACCUGCAGACGUGCCUCCAUCAGCAGCUGUGAAGUUUGUAGGAGCGGGAACUGCAGGCUGCAUAGCUGACCUGUUCACCUUUCCCCUGGACACAGCCAAAGUGCGACUGCAGAUACAAGGAGAGGCCAGAGCUCCUGUAGCUGCAGGGAAAGAGUAUGCAGUGAAGUAUCGUGGAGUGUUUGGCACCAUCACCACCAUGGUACGUACAGAGGGGCCCAGGAGCCUUUACAGUGGACUAGUGGCAGGACUCCAGAGGCAGAUGAGCUUUGCCUCUGUCCGCAUUGGUCUCUACGACUCUGUGAAACAGUUUUACACUAAAGGCUCCGAGCAUGUUGGUAUUGGCAGCCGGCUGCUUGCAGGAUGUACCACUGGUGCCAUGGCGGUUGCUUUUGCUCAGCCUACAGAUGUGGUGAAAGUUCGCUUCCAGGCACAGGCCAGGUCCCCUGGGUGUGUCAGGCGCUAUUGCAGCACUGUUAAUGCUUACAAGACCAUUGCAAAAGAAGAAGGCAUUCAUGGUCUGUGGAAAGGUACAGCUCCAAACAUUGCACGGAAUGCAAUUGUUAACUGCACUGAACUGGUGACGUACGAUUUCAUCAAGGAUACACUCCUUAGGUCCACUCCGCUGACAGAUAAUCUGCCCUGCCACUUCAUAUCAGCCUUCGGUGCAGGGCUAUGCACAACAGUGAUCGCCUCUCCAGUUGAUGUGGUCAAGACAAGAUACAUGAACGCUGCUCUUAGCCAGUACAGCAGUGUCCUCAAGUGUGCUGCUGCCAUGAUGACCAAAGAGGGACCACUUGCCUUUUAUAAGGGGUUCAUGCCAUCUUUCUUACGCCUGGGCUCCUGGAAUGUGGUGAUGUUUGUGACAUACGAGCAGCUGAAACGAGCCAUGAUGGCAGCGAAUCACAACUGCACAACUAUACUGUAACCAUUAUUGUCUGUCAGAAGGCUGAUGCUGUGGCACAUUGGUGCUGUUUACAAAUUUCCUUACAUUUUGUUACCUCCUAGACUAUAUUACAGCUCAGAAUAUCAAAGUUAUUUAAACUGUGUUGAUACUGUUCUCUCUCUCUCUCUCUCUCUCUCUCUCUCUCUCUCUCUCUCAUAACCACA